AAGUAAACAGUGAUGUGCGGUCGCUUACUAUGUUAAAUAUAUGUUUUUAAAAAGUGAAUGUGAAGUGUAAUGUGAGAAAAAUUUUACACCGGAGGUCGUUAAGAACAGCGUGUUGAACAAAUUGCUGGAGUUUCUACAAGUACCAUAAGAAAUCUUGUAUAUCAUCGCUUUUACUUUUCCAAAAAAGAGAGAACCGGAAAUUCAAAACCUUUAUACACCGAUUAUUAAAUAUGAAGUAACCUUAUAACUUAAAAUUACUGUGAUUGAUAUGAGAAAUUGAUAAACAUCUAUCUAAAUCGAGAAGGGAAAACUUAAAACAAUGAACUAACGAUGUUUAGAACAACGAACUGUUACGUAACACGAUUUGCACUCACACCAAAUGAAGAUUAACGAGAAAAAACAAUGCCCAUUUAUGGAUAUGCAAUUGAAAGUAAAAACUUAUUGAGCGUUAAGAAUUUGCGGAUGAUUGCAAUGUGUAUAUCAAAGGUCAUCUAGGCUUUUUGGAAUGAAAUGAAUGAAUGCAGUGAACAAUAAACCAGCGGAUGGCGGGUAUUGCGCGGUGUCAACAAUGACGCGACGAAAAAGUGAUUUUAUGAGAACUUUAGUUUUAGUUGUAUUUGUGUGUCCGUUUGUGUUUUCGCGACCUCAAGAAUCGUUAACCACUUCGAUUAGUUAUGCUGAGACGACAGAGUCACCGUUAAGGGUAACUCCGGUUGUAGAAGAAACACAAAAUGCAUAUUCCCCCUCGAUUGGAGUUCCAGUUGCUCCAUUAGAAAGUACACCAAGAGAAGUGAAAAAUAAGUCUCCAGCUAUAAAGGAUUCUAUUAAAAAAGUUGCGGAUCAAUUACUAGAAACAGCUGUUAAUAAUUCAUUAGAUACUCCACUCGUACCUGAUACGAGAAUACCCCCUAAGAUAAAAACACAAGUCGUUCAAAAAAAUAAAAUUCGUACAAGAAAUGAAGACGGAGAUGAAAUUAAUGAUUAUUCACACGCUGGAGUUGCCGUCCCUGUGUCAAUGGAAGAAUUGGAAUUAGAAAAUAGAGUUAGCUCUUCUAAUACUGAAUCAUCCACAUCCAGUGAAGGAUUAUCAACUUGGAUUUUGUUAAAUAACCCAGUUAAUAAAGAAAAUUCUACAUUAGCUACUGAACCUACUAAAAUUGAAGAAAACAAGAAAUCUAAGCCUACGAAAAAUAAACCUAAAAGACCUCAAAAUAAACCAUCUAUGCCUAAAAGACCGAUUAUAGGUAGCACAAAUAAAUCGGACUUGGUUGCCAGCGGUUCUGCAAUAAAUGAAAAUGUCUAUAAUAAAAUUAAAGACACAGUCUUAACGAAUGUUCAGAAAAACAAGAAUUCGCCAUCGCGUGCAGCCUCUACAACUACUACAACUACAAGAACUACAACAACUACAACCUCAACUACUGAAGCACAAGUUAAAGAAAUCGCCAACAAAGAACAGGGUUCCAUUAUUCCUGUCAUAAAGGUUCCUUCGAAAUCAAACAAAAAAAAGGAAAAACUUAAGCAUAAACCUAGUACUACAUUAGCUCCCGUCUCAACUCAGUCAGCUUUGCUACCAUUAGAAGCAAAAGAACAAGAAAUUGAGUUAGAAGUUAGUACACCACCUAGUACUACGAAGAAGCCCAAGCGAUCGUCUACUAAGAAAAAGACCAAGACAAAGAAACGUAAAGUUUCAAAACCAAAACCAGCUCAAACAUCUUCGUCGACUGAAUUAAAAACGGCAAAUAAAACAAAAACUACAAAAACAUCUAAAAAACCUACAAAGGCCACUGGGCCAUUCACAAGUCAAAUUUACAACUACUUUUCUAGAGAAGUCAUGCCUUCUGUAGGAGUAGGGGUAAUUGGUUUAGCUGGCUUAGUAGGUAUUGCGAGUUAUUUCUUAUAUCCCUUUGCCACUCCAGUUAGGAGAACUUUCGAAGUUGACAAAAAAGACGACAUUUAUAAAAAUAAUGCCGAAGAAUAUGCAAAUGAAGGCAAUGGUCAACCAGAAGAAGAAAUGUUGGGUACAGUGCUUGCAGGUAUGCCCGCACAUGCUAAACAGAAAUUAAAUCCUUACGCGGCACAGACUAAUUACAACGCCCGUUACCCGGCGAAAAAGGAACAACAAGAUAUCAGGUAUAGGCAUGUAACCAAGUACGAUCCUAAUUAUGGCGUGCAUUACCCACAACAAAAAACUGGUAUUGCUCAUGGUGCUGUUUAUUCUGAGCCUUUAAAUUACCAUCGUCGACCUCAGUAUGAAACAAGGCAUGCAUAUACUACAUCUUAUCCAGCUGUUGAACCUAUCUUUGCCGCCCCUCAAACUGGACCGUCAGAUGCAACUUCUUAUGGAAGUGAGUCAUCGGGUUCGGUUGUUUAUGGAGUGAAACCAUCAGCAGACACAGAUUUUAAACCUGUGUAUCCAUAUGAUCCUCAGUUUUACGGAGAAACAACAACAAGUCCUGUUACAUACUCUCAGACAUCUAUGUACCUUGGUUCUAAUAAUGAAUCAGAACAAUCGGAAGACAAUAAAUAUAAUGAAGAUUCAAACAGUGAUACUGAAAGUGGAGAAAACAAAUUCGUCGUUGGCAAUGUACCAAAAGAAUUAAGUGACUCUGAUACCCCUGCAGUUGUUCCAGAACAUGGACCCAGAAAACUUAAUAGAAAACGUAGAAGCUUACGUCUGAAAAGAGGUGUUGCUAUAGAAGAAAUUUUAGAAGCUGCAAAUAAAAAGGAAAAGGAGGUUUUUUUAAGCAAUGAAAUAGAUGAGGCUCUUAGAUAUGUGCCUCAUAUACCUCAAUCAAUUGAAUUACUGCCUAUUAAAACUGAAGAAAAUUACAUAAAUAUAAUUCCCAUAGAAGCAGUAAACCCGAGUAACGCAUUAAAAGGAGAAAAUGCCAAAAUGGGGGAAAUAGUAGAAAGUGUUUCCACUAUUCCUAUUGAGGACUCAAACGACAAAACAACAGAUAUGUCAAAUGAAAUUCUACCAUCUUCAAGUUCUCAAUCUGAGACGGCCAAAAACAGUGAUAUUACCAAUACCGAGAGAAAUUUACAAGCAGAUACAACAACGGAUAUAAAACUUGAAAGUACUUCAACAACGUCUACUGUUCCUAAAACAACUAAACAGCCAACAGACUUUCCAGAAAUCUUAACAUAUCCACCACCAUCGUCUAGUAACGGAUUUUUUGGCUUCUUGCAACGAUUGGUUGAGUUUAAGUACAGAUUAGGUCUAAGUAUACUACAAAAUACUUCAAAGUCUCUAAAUAACUACUUGAGAAGUAUGGAGGAAUCAAUACAGAGGGCGGCAUCUGAUGCAUCUCAUUAGGGUAGAUUUAUAUUACUAGAAUUGCAUUUAUUUUAGAUUACAUAUAAUUUGAGAUUUUUAUGAGACUGUAUAUAAUUUUACAGCAAUUUAAACACUUCGCUACAUUAAUUAAAAAUAAAUAUAACACCAAUUUCCAAAAUGUUGGUACAGUUUUGUUUGCGCUUUACUUGCAGUACACGUUUUUUUUUUAUUACAAUUAUUUGAUUUAAAGUAUUAAUCCACUAUCUUUAGACUGUAAAAUAAGCAGCUAAUUAGAGAUGUUAAUUAUUAAGAAAACCUUAUAUAUAAUUAAUACUUAAGCAAUAAAUGAUAUAUCUUCAGAAUGUUGUCCUCGAUUUCCUGAAAUUUGAGGAAGACCUGCUGAUUUUAUAUAUGAUAGUAGGUAAGUUUUUCUACUAUCUUUAAAUUUAAGUUUUUAAUAUGAAGCUAGACUGUUUAUAUAUAAUGUGAUGUAUUUUAUAUGUAUAAAACUUUAAAAAAUCGUUCUUACACAUCGAUUAUUCUAAUCUAUUUUUGUGUACAUGAGCAAUUUUGAGAAUAACAAAUAAAUUUUUAUGAUGUUA